ACUUCCGUGUUAAAUAAAGUUUUAUAUACAAAAUAGUUAUAUUUGCAUAGGAAGAAUGAAUUGCAAGCUGUGUUUUAUCAUUGUCGUAUUUUUCUUCUUUGAAAACUAUUCAUGCAUAUUGGUGUAUAGAUAUAAUUCUACUCAAUUAAACUGGGAUGCUGCAAGAGAUGAUUGCUUACAACGAGGCGGUGAUUUAGUUAAUGGUUCUUUUCAACAACAGCUUUAUAACUGUUCAUUUCCUCAAAAUACAAACUUUUGGGUUGGAACAUACGAUGAAUUUACACCGUGGAUACAGAUAAUGGGUUGUUCUCAGAUGAAUACGUCUAGCAUUGUUAGCCAGUACAACAGUGACAGCCCAGGAACUUGCGUUGGUAAUUGUGAUAUGUUCUUCGGAAUGAUGGAUAACAAUUGUUUCUGUUUGCCUGAUAAUUAUGCAUGGGAAACAGAUCAAAGUACAGUAAAUGAUUCAAUGUGUAACAAGACAUGUGACGAAAAUAUGCAAGAUUCUUGUGGUGGCAAUGGGUAUAUAACUGUUUAUAAGAAAGUGUCCAAUAAUCUAGUGCUUGACCGAGAUGAUGAGCCAAACAAAAACUCUAUAAUGUGUGGUUGUGUGGAGUGCACCAACUCAGGAUGGCAAUACUAUGGGUAUUCCUGUAACCAAUCACUACCGACGACUUGCAAUGACAAAAGCGAGAUAGAAGACAAUAGAUAUUGGAAUGAAGGAAAAGAAGCUUGCUGGUCCGAUUAUCAAUCUUUUCUCUUAGCUGGUACAAUCAACGAUCUAGAAUGUGUCAACACAACAAGCAGAGCCCCGUUUUGGAUAGGUCUUUAUAGGCGAAAAAGAACUAAAGUUGUGAAAGAGGAAGAGUCAUCAGUAUCUACAGCUUCUUGUUUUCAUGGGAUGCUCACUGCUGGUGUUUUGAAAAUAGACAGUAACUUAAAUUGUACAGCGCAACUACCAUUUGUAUGCGAAUUAGAUACAGAAGACGUUAUGUCCUCCGAUUGUUAUGUAUAUCCACCAGGCCAUACUACAGCAAUAAGUACAGAGCCGUUAACAACAGAAGAGGCAACAACGCAACCAAAAUCUUCUGAUUCAACAACGCCUGCAAGAGGAACAUUACCACCAAAGAAGUUAGUCGAUAAUAAUGAUGACAUUAGCGCAGGUGCAACUGUAGGUAUAGUGUUUGCGGUAGUGCUACCUACCCUUCUGGUCAUUGGUACUAUCAUCUGUCACGUGGCAUGUGGACAAAGGCCACCUGACAGAAAGCCUGAGGAUAAAGUAGAACUUAGAAACAAAGAGGAAUAUUAUAUGCGGCCCACUAGCGAUGAGAUGUCAGAAGUAAAUAUGCGAUAUUCAUUGUUUGAACAAGAACCGGACAAUAAAGAUUCCGAUAGUGGUGUUGCAGAGAAUGACACUGCUUCUAUUUCGUAUGAAAAAUCACGAGACGGCCACGUUUCGACAUUUAUCACAAUUCCAAAAGUACAAACAACAAAUGGUUCAGACAUGAAUAUGUUAGUUAAUGACAAUAAUGUUGUAACAAAAUUAUAGCACAUAUUUAUAUUAAUAUGCAAAUAAUCAGACUUGCAAUGCUUACUAAAAUUACACAACAGUCAAGCAAUAUGUUAAGUGGCACUACACAUAUUUAUACUAAUAUGCAAAUAAUCAGACUUGCAAUGCUUACUAAAAAUAACAGUCAAGCAAUAUGUUAAGUGGCACUGUAUAGCAAAACUGAUGUAAUUCCUGAGACAAUAGUGGUUAUACUUUUACAUUUGUGUAAUUUGUCAUUGACAUAAAAAAAAUUGGGAUAUUAUUUAAAUGCAUGUAUGUAUGUAAUUAUUAACUUCGUAAAUGCUGCUUAAUUCAUAUGCCACAUUUAAAUAAAAGAUUAUUGUAUGUUAUUUUAUUAUGGAAAUAGUGCAUGCUAUGUUUGUUUUUUUACCCCGGACAGUCAAGUAAAAAGAAAAUGUAUUCAUAAAUUAAUAUUUGACAUCUAAUAGAAAUUGUGUCUUACUUUUUUGAAUUAAUGUAUCAUGAAUAUAUAAAUAUAUUUAAAUGAAAUUUAGAGAUCUAUAAAUACUAUUAUAACUAUUUUUAACCGAACCUAAUAAAUAACAAUUGAAA